UCCCAUCAUGCAUUAUUAGGACACUGCGCACGCGCAUUGAGUGGCGCAAGCACAAAAUAAGAAAAAAUAGUAUUUGAAGCCGUAAGAAAGUGUCGAAUUAUGGACUUAUUGGGGCUGGUAGGAUAGCCCGACCACUGUGGUCUGUCCGUUGAUUCUUAUAUCUUUUAGGAGAAGAGGAUGAAGGAGAUGGUUGGUGGCUGCUGCGUCUGCGGCGACGAGCGAGGAUGGACGGAAAACCCGCUAGUUUACUGCGAUGGUCACGGUUGUAAUGUAGCCGUUCACCAGGCUUGUUAUGGAAUCGUAGCUGUACCGACUGGGCCCUGGUUUUGUCGUAAAUGUGAAUCCCAGGAGCGGGCAGCGCGUGUGAGAUGUGAGUUAUGUCCUCAAAGAGAAGGAGCUUUAAAAAGAACUGACAAUGGAAGUUGGGCACACGUUGUAUGUGCUCUUUAUAUUCCCGAGGUGUGCUUUGGUAAUGUGUCCACAAUGGAACCAAUUCUUCUUGCUAUGAUUCCACAUGAGAGAUAUAACAAGUCUUGUUUCUUAUGUGAGACAAAGGGCAGGGAAUCUAAAGCAACCACAGGAUGUUGUAUGACGUGCAAUCGGAAUGGCUGUAGGCAAUCGUUUCAUGUUACAUGUGCACAGCAAGAAGGUUUGUUGUGUGAAGAAGCUGGUCAGCACAAUGAUAAUGUCAAGUACACUGGCUACUGCAACUAUCAUUACCAAAAAUUGAAGAAAGACAAAGAUAUCAAGACGAUACCACCCUUCAGACCUUUUGGAGCAAACUACACACCCGAGAAAGAGAAAUCUCUCAAUGACAGACCUUCAGAUAAGACAAAGGCGGAUCUCAAGGAGAGGCAUCGCACCAAAUCAGAAAGGAAAGCCAGAACAUUUGAAGUAUGCGCUGUAUAUAAUGCCAAAGACAAUAACGAGAGCAGCUCAAACCAGGCCAGUGGUAACUCGACGGGCCACAGUGCCAAGUUCACCAAUGCAAAUUUCACAGAGACAACAAUAGUCCCUUCAACGUCAAUAUCGGAAGAGACGACAACCAAUGCAAGUGGGGGUGAUAGUUCACUCAUCCUUAAGUUCAGACGGAAUACAGUAAGUUCUGGAAAUGGACAGAAGAGUAAGAAGGAUGGUAAGGGUAAAGGGAGCGGCACUGACUCUGGGCAAGGGGGCACUGCUAUGGAAGAACAAAGCGUUGAAGCGGUAGAAGCGAACUCGGUUACCGAGGAGAGGACUCAAUCCCCUACUCCUUCGGUCGACAAUGCACCUGCGAAUAACAAAAGCUCCAAAAGUCGAAAAGCAGCUUCACGGGAACCAUCACGCACCCCGACUCCUUCGUCCGUUUCGACCACGCCGUUGGUGAUAACGGAAACAGUGAUGGUCAAAGACUUGCCUCCAGCCGUCGAACCCGAGACACCGGUGGCUGAUACCGACAGUGCUACGCCAAUCAGCAGCAGCUCAACUUCCGCUGCACCUGGUAGCACUAGCACCAUGGUAGAUGUAGAAAAGGUCAGCUCUCCCUCGACCUCCCCAGCUCCUGAUGUGAAAAGCAUCGAUGUCAAGAAGCCCAUUAUCGAGGAGGAUCGCAAAGACAAGCAGACGAUCCUCGGAAGCGGUAGCGAAAAGCACGAGAAGAAGAAGCACAGGAGACAAAGCAAGGAAUCUAAAAGCUCCAGGAGUCACAGAGAACACUCCGGGGAUGAUGAUUAUGGCAGUAAAAAGCGUAGGAGAACAAGUGGUUCAUCGUUAGGGAAUACGCUAUCAAGAGAUAUGGGUCUGUACUCGUUUGGACAGAGAGGUGUUAUGUCACAGGGCUUGUCGUCCAUGGGAGAUGCAUCACCAAGCACAAAGAGUGCCACACCCAACCCUGAUGAAUUAGCGAUCCAUGAUGUGUUUAGUACUGCUAACCAGAGUGGGCUUCUUAUUGGACCACCUAGACCGGGAGCUAGUAGACAAAGCCAACACAAUUCAACUGGAUCUACCAUGCCUGCUACCAUGGAGCAGUUACUCGAAAGACAGUGGGAUCAAAGCUCUGAAUUCUUAAUGCAGCAGUCAUCACAUCUCGAUAUUGCAUCCUUACUAUCUUGCCUACAUCAGCUACGUCAAGAGAACCUCCGGCUAGAGCAACACAUCAGCAGCUUGGUACAGCGUCGCGAUCACCUCCUCGCCGUCAACGCCCGUCUCUCCCUACCCCUAACCCAGGGAGGUUCCAUCGCCAAUGCCAUGGGGCUGGGAGGACUGGGAGCCGGAGGAGUGGGAGCAGGCGGAGUGGGAGCUGGAGGGGACAAUAGCCCAGGAUCAGCGGGGAGCGGUUCCAACACGAGGAGUCCGAGAUUCAACAAUGUCCUGCAUAACGCCCAGGGGCAGGAUUUGAUGAGUAGUUAUGGCAGUAGUCACAGUUUGAACCAAUCCCUUAACCAAUCAUCUAUCAGCCUUGGCGGCAGUCCUGCACAUGCUCAGUCACUCAGCCAAUCACCGAGUUCCUCAUUCAACCAAUCGCAUCCGCAGUCUUCAUUGACCAAUCACAUCACUCAGCUGACGUCGACACCGGUCAGCCUCAACCACUCCUCCGGAGGGGUGUCCAUGUCUUUGACGACGACCACCACGGCGACUACAACCACCACCAGUAGCAGUAGUUCCCUGGGGGUAAGUCUGUCUGGUGCUAGGUUACCAUCGGGUCUCCCGGUGGGACAUCCGAUGAGUAGUGAAGCUAAUGUGAUGUCGACAGCUCAGCAUCUUCAUCCCGGUCAUGGAGUCAGAUCCUCUCCCAGCAGCCAUCUCAUCAAUGUCAACCAUAGCAGAUCAAGUCCUGUUCCAGGGAGGACAACACCCAGUAGAGGGCAGCAGAGCCAUGGGGGAGGAGGAGUGGGUAGGUCUAAGGGUUCAGGAGGUAGGAUGGUGAGUGGAUCAGGAGUUCGAUCAUCACCAGGAACAUCAGGCAGCAUAUCAGCAGGAACUCCUGUAUCAAGACCAACUGAUGGAUCUGGUGAUGGCAUCAGGGAGAAGCAAGGGUCAGGAGGAGUGAAGGAUAGUGGGUCAUCCUUAUCAUCAUCAUCAUCGGGAGGGCAUGGGAUGGGCAUGUACCACACCACCCCUCAUCAACAGCAGCAGCAGCAGCAUAUGGGUGUCAACCAUGGAAGGCAUCUAACACCAGAGCAGCAGCAUCUCGUCUACCAGAUGAUGCAUUCCUCAUCUUCCAAGUCUCAGCAUCAUCAUCACCAUCAGGCAGGAGGAGGAGGCGGGGCUUCUCAACGCCAUCAAGGCUCUGCCCCUCCUCCCCCAUCAACCUCCACACCUUCAACCUGCCCUCCCAAUGGGGAUGUUUCCAGGGCUCAUGCCCCGCCCCCAUCAAAGGCAUCUACAACUGUUCGAUCAGACAGGAGAACGGGGAGUAACAAUGCGAAGGAUAAGACCUAGCUGACAGGAAACUCAUAUGAUCUUUUCACCUUGGUCCUCUAUUUGCUCCUGCUGCCAUCGCUUGCCCCCUUCACAUCAUAGCAUUGUGAGCUCGUUGAUAGGUUCAGUAUAAACAGCACCCUUGUUCAUGGAUUUCCCUGAAGUUUCCUGCAGUGUGUCCUGGGUCCUGUGUCUCAUAGACUUAUCACAUAGACUUCGAGCCAUAGCUGCAGCAGCAUUCUGUGCUACCUGCCGAGGGCUUUUUUCACGCUAUCUUUGGGUUUGUUUGUCUACCCACCAGCUGGGAUCACAUACGAUGGAACUAGGUUUAUGUAAAAACAACAUUUUUUUUUAAUCCCCAAAGAUGGUUGUCAACUCACAGUUGCAUUCGAGCAAUUUAUAUAUGAAAACAUUGUAAAUGGUGCAUGUAAGAGGUGCUUCUGCUCAUUGCAACAGAGAUCACAAUCUUGAUGCUAAGACAUGCAGUCACAGAUCAAGCUGGAUUAGACAUAAUGGCCCAAAUUCACAAAGGUGGUUUUGAAAACCCAUCGUUGAGUCCAUGGUUUAUGCAGAUUUCCUGUAUGA